CCUUCUUCUUCUCCAUGUUUCUCCGUCUGUUGACCUCAUCUUUACCAGCAUGUAAUCUUAAAGAGAUCCGUUUGAAAUUGCGUUGGGGAGCCUGGGUAUGCGAAACACGGAUCCUUUUUUUCGCCCCUCCAGAUCGCGAUGAGGUGCAUGCCAAAUCCAGCCCUGAUCAUGGAUCACUAUGAGGAUCGAGAAAUACGUACCCUGUCCCAGCGGUGGAUUCGCGACGAUCGCAGAGUUAUUUUCUCUGCCAGAGUGGCUCUCUUGGGUGCCAAAACUCGACUAACACACACUACCUGACUAGG